AUGAAGCAAUUUUCGUUCCUAGCAGCCCUUUUCAUCACUCUCUGCUGUGCCUCAAUGACGGAAGCCCGAGUUCAACGAGCUACCCGCCCAUCAGCAAGACUCUGGAGUCAACCAUUUAUCCGUCCCCAAUUCUUCAAUGUCCGACAAGUUCUGGAAAAAACCAACGGUGACUUGUAUUCUCAUGAUGACCACCAUCAGGACAUGAAAGAGCAGCAUCGUCAUCAUCAACAAAAGUCUAUUGAAAGCAUUCGUCAGCCUCAAAAGCAUCACGAUGACAACGCUUGUAAAUUCGUGUCGAGACAAGAAAUCAUUGCCCAACCAUUUUUGGAUUGCAUUGCCUAA